AUGCCGACAUAUCUAUGCCACGGAUUUCGAUGGCACCGACCCUCGAUCCGGGUGUAUGUCAUCGUUCAAGAUAUUGGGGAUGCCGCACCGGACUUUAUAUCAGGGACGCGCUCCGCCACGGCCAUCCUAGACUCUUUUCACACUCUAUUUGAUUUUUUACCACCGCCCAAGAAGCGCAUCGAACAGCAACAACAACAACAACAACAACAGCAGCAGCAGCAGCAGUCGCCGCCGACGCCAGCCGCGAUCGACAGCGCUUCGAGGCAGGCCUGGUCGGCGGUCCGGCUGCUGGAGGAGUACGACCCGAGCCAGCUGGGCGAGGCGACGCGGCCGCACGCCUACGUGGCCGACCACGUGGUGCGCGUGGACCUGUCGGCGUCGGUGGUGGACGAGAUGGCGCGCUACGAGGCCCGGCUCAAGGACACGGGCGCCAUGGGCGGACCGCACUCGGACGAGACGGGCCGCCGGCAGCGCGCGGCCAAGGACCGCAAGGCCGGCUGGCUCGAGAAGCUCAGGGACCAGCUGCAGCGCGGCGAGGAGAUUCGGUGGUACGUCGUCGUCAAUGGGGACGAGGAGCGCGGGUGGGAGGGUGGCGGUAGUGGUGGUGGUGGUGGUGGUGCCCUGCAAGGCGAACAAGUGGAUGAUGACCCGCCGGUUGAGGAUGAGCAUCGCGAGCGUGAGAGGCAAAAGCUACGGCAGCGCCUUGGAGGGUUGUUUCUUGAUGAGGAGGGCGACGGUGACGACUGUGGCUAUGCGGUCGAUGAUGCAUCCUCCCAGCACACCAAAGGCCAGUCUGACAAUGGUACGCAACCCAUGCCAGCAAUACCGCCACAACAUGGCGCCUCAAAGCCGAAUGCUACAAAAGCCACCAGCAUUGGAUUUAGAAGGCUGUUUAGUAAGGGCAGCAAGACUUCUGGCGAUGUGAAAUAG